AUGUGGGAAGGGUAUGUAGAUUACAGGUACAAGCCUGCGUUUAGAGGUCGUCAUGGUGGCAUGCGUGCGGCUUUGUUUGUCUUGGUUGUGGAAGUUCUUGAAAACUUGGCCUUUUUAGCAAAUGCAAGUAAUUUGGUGUUAUAUUUUUCUAAACAUAUGAAUCUUUCUCCUUCAAAAUCAGCAAUUGAUGUCACAAACUUUAUGGGCACUGCAUUCCUUCUUGCACUUGUUGGUGGCUUCUUGUCAGAUGCUUUCUUUACGAGCUACUACAUAUACGUGAUGAGUGCAGGCAUCGAGUUUUUGGGUUUGAUCAUGCUCACAUUCCAAGCCCGUUCACCUUACCUAAAACCUGCAUCAUGUGACAUAUCCAAGACCGCUAAAUGUGAAGAAGUUCAUGGUGGAAAAGCUGCCAUGUUGUUCAUAGGUCUCUACCUUGUGGCUAUUGGCGUCGGAGUUAUAAAGGGCUCACUACCAGCAUUAGGAGCUGAACAGUUUGAUGAAAGUACCCCUAAAGGAAGAAAGGAAAGAUCAACCUUCUUUAACUAUUUUGUAUUUUGUUUGUCGUGUGGUGGUCUAAUUGCUGUCACAUUUGUCAUAUGGAUCGAAGACAAUAUAGGUUGGCAGUGGGGUUUAGGAAUUUCCACCAUAUCAAUUGUGUUGUCGAUUAUAAUACUUCUUGCUGGUUCAUCGUUCUACCGCUGCAAGAUACCCAAAGGAAGUCCUCUUACAACCAUGGCUAAGGUUCUACUUGCAGCAGCUCUAAAUGUUUCAACAACCAAAUCCCAGAAGAACUGUGUCAUGACCAACUUGACUCAAAACCCGUAUCCUCUUAUACCAGCAUAUGUGGAAGAACAUGAAAUGAAAACUGAUGGGCCUGAAACAUCAACCCUAUCAAAGAAUCUCAAUUGUCUAAACCGUGCAGCUGAAAACAAACCAGCCUACAAAUCACUCGAGUGCUCAGUUCAAGAAGUAGAAGAUGUCAAAAUCAUGCUGCAACUUCUUCCUAUAUUUGCCUGCAGCAUUAUACUCAACUGUUGUUUAGCCCAACUUUCUACAUUUUCAAUUCAACAAGCCACUACAAUGAACACGAAUCUUGGAUCAUUCGCUGUCCCACCCGGAUCACUACCCAUUUUCCCCAUAGUCUUCAUGAUGAUCAUGGCCCCGUUAUAUGAUCACAUCAUAAUCCCAUAUUCUCGAAAGUGGACCAAAUCCGAAACAGGUAUUUCUCAUCUGCAAAGAGUAGGCAUAGGUCUAUUUUUCUCCAUUAUAGCCAUGGCUAUCGCAGGCUUAGUUGAGGUCAAACGCAAGAAAGUUGUUAAAACCCAUGGACUUAGUAACGGAUCAUUGCCUAUUUCCUUCUUGUGGAUAGCAUUUCAGUACUUGUUUCUGGGAUCUGCUGAUCUAUUUGUCUUGGCUGGAUUAAUGGAGUUUGCAUUCACUGAAGCACCCGUUAGAAUGAGAUCUCUAGCGACCUCGUUUUCUUGGGUUUCUUUGGCCAUGGGCUAUUACCUUAGUGGCAUUAUCGUGUCACUCGUUAACAGAAUCACGGGGUCAGGAAGACACCACCAUUCAUGGUUGUCGGGUAAAACCUUGAAUCAGUAUCACCUUGAUAGGUUUUACUGGUUACUAUGUGCUUUUAGCAUCUUAAAUUUCGUUAACUAUCUCUUUUGGGCUAAUCGUUACAAGUAUAAAUCUAUAUCAGCAAACAUUUAAAGAUCAUAUAUUCUUAA